UACAUGAUGGCUGUCGUAAUUGCUGGUCCUAUUGCAGUUAUUUUUCUUGCAAUAAUUGUAGUGAUGUGUUACAAAUACAAACGCAGGAACACAACUGGGAUAGUUGUCAUUCCUAUGGUUGACAUUGCGUCCACCGUUAAUGUCAGACAAGUGGCUGCACGCCAUGUGUCUUCAAGAGAAAGAGACGAUAGUGUCAUUUAUCACGAAAUUAAUCCACAAUCACUGAUUCGGGAGACUCCAAUAAAUGAAGACGGAGCUACGAUGUCUGUGGCGACGACGACGACGCCUGUCCGUUAUGAGAGUUUGAUGCGAACAGGAUCAGAAGAAAACCCUCCGUAUACCGAAUUAAUGGAGAAGUAGAAUAGGGUGAUUGAAAUAAUAUGAAUAACCACAUUAACGUUAGCUAUAAAAAACAAAUUAUGUAUGUAUAUUUUAGUCUAAACGAAGAUAGAAAUCUAAUAUAUGUUUUGUGUAUAUGUAUAUAUGGUCUGAAGUGAUUUUUUAAAUCAACGUAUUUACUUUAAAUGGGCUUAAAUACAUUGUAAAAAAGUAUGUAAACGUUUUCAUAUAUCCAGAAAUAUGCUAUAAACAACAACUGUUAGCCUUACUUGUGCAUGUGUAGUAAAGUUGGUUUCGAAAAGUAUAGUAUACAAAGGCAAUCAAAAAUACUCAAAUUUAGGUCGUAACUACAUUUUAAGGUUUCGCAUUGAUAUGCAUAAAACACAAUAACAAUAAUCAUGUAAUGAAUCACUUAAACCGAUUGUCCGAAUGCACUAAAAUAACAUAUUAGCGAGAUUCUUUUUUACAAAUUCGUUGAUUGCCACAUCUUAUUACAAUACUUCAAAAAUACAUAUAUAAAUACA